UACAUGGAGUUAAUAAGUACCUACAACAACUCUAUGUACCACUAUUAUAAUGAUAAAAUAUAAAUCAUACAAGACUUGGCUUCGGCUUUUUUGCAAAUUUAUUUCAAAAAUUAUAUAGAACAGACAAGGCGUAUGGGCUUAGAAUCCCCAUGCCUUUCUUCAUAAGGAAUAGUUGUACCAAAAAAAAAAAUUGUCUAUAGUCAGUUUUAAGCAAAACAACUUUUACGACAUGGAACCAGAUUCAACAACUUUUGAAAUUAAAAAUCAAUCACAUCUUCCGUUCAAUACGAACAUAAGGAAUUUAAAAUUAUACAACGAUUUCACAGAAACCAAUGGAACUGCAAGUGCAGAAAGUCAAUUAGUAGAGAAACUACAACUGUAUGGCUUGAUACCAAGAUCCCUAUCAUGUCCGACAAACAAGUCUGAUUGCAAGCUUAGUGUAAAAACAGCUAGGGUCAUUGAUCGAGUUCAGUGGUCAUGCAAAGGAUGUGGAAAAAGGUCACCAAUAAGGACAGGAUCAUUCUUCCAUAGGUUACCAUGUUCCAUACUACAAACCCUCCAAAUAAUUCUGGCUUGGUCUGAGGAUGCUGAUUUACAAGUAGCUGCAGAACAUUUUGGUGUAAAGCAGAAGGUGGCACGACAAAUCUUUGAUAAACUAGAUGAUCUGGUGAUAAAGGAACAUAAAAAAUGUCUGCUAGGAGGCGAGAAUAGAGUUAUUUUGACUGAAUUAUAUCCGGACUGUGUGAACAGACUCUCGCCGGAUACAACAGAUCAACCUCACUUGCACAGAAUACUCAUGUUAGCUGAUACUAAAUUAAUUCCCACUGACUACAGAUUGCAUGUGCUUAGAGAUGAUGCCAAAAAAGGGUUCAAUUUAGAUGAUCAAGCCCUGACAGCAGAAGUUCGUCAAAUCAUAUCAGAGACAGUGGAAAGUAAUUCAAUGGUAGUGAACGGCUCGAGUCUACCAAACGUCGAGGGUGCGUCGUCCAUGCAGCAGCUACUGAAUUAUUGUGAUGGCGACAUGAAACAUUUCCUAACUACAAAGAUAUGGCGGCAGGCGGUGACGCUGUGCGCGGCUUCGCGGGACUUCUGCGCGGGGUCAUCGAACUUCGGCGCGUGCGCGGGCGCGGCGCAGCGCUACCUCCACGUCGCGCUCUACCGGCUGCGGCACCGCCACGCGCUCUACGACCACGUGCUCAACCUUGUAGCCAAACAGUUUAACCGAGGGGAUACUCAAAGCGAAUGAAGCAAGGGUCUUCGUCUAUACUAAUAUAUAAAUCUACGGUGGUUUUUAUGGAUGUUCCGUUAUAACUACUGAACCAUGCAUCCGAUUGACUUGAAACUUGGUAUCCAUGUAGAAAAUACAUGUACUUAAUGGACUGCGUUGGACUCCCUACACCAGUGGCGGGGGCGUUAAUGAUGAGAAUCUUUGUGGGGGUGAGAAAUAAUAAUGUUAAUUUUAAAUGCCCAGCGAAGCGAACGGGUAAAGCUAAUUGUAUUAUAAUAACACAUUUUUAGACUGGUGGUAGGACCUCUUGUGAGUCCGCACGGGUAGGUACCACCGCCCUGCCUAUUUCAGCAGUAAUGAGUUUCGGUUGGAAGGGUGGGGCAGCCGUUGUAACUAUACUGAAACCUUAGAACUUAUAUCUCAAGGUGGAUGGCGCAUUUACGUUAUAGAUGUCUAUAAGCUCCAGUAACUAUUUAACACCAGGUGGGCUGUGAGCUUGUCCACCCAUCUAAGCAAUAAAAAAAUAAAUAAAAAAAGACUUCAGUCAUAUAGAAAGAAGAGAUUUGCGAACAUGAAGUUGGAAAAUAAAAUGGGAAUUCUAUUAAAAACCUAUGCAAAUAAUAAAAACUAAAUAACAACGUGCCUUAUCAAUUUAGUGUGUACAGUUGUAAAGUACUUCCAGUAAGUGAAGAUAGCUUUAAAAGCAAAGAAUUUUUAAAAAGUUCAGCCAAAUACAAAGUAAAUAAAAAUAAAUAACUUGGGAUUAUAAUUAACUACUUUAUUAUAUUGGACAUAAAAGCCAAUAUUAGUCAUGUAAUUAUGUGAUUAGAAAUAGCGUUAAAGUAUUUUAUAGAAUUUUUUUUGGGCGAUCGACAGCACCACUAACUCGUACUGAGAUUGAAACUGAACUGAACUGGGACUGAAACAAAACUGUUUGAUGUUAAGCUUGAUGUAUACAUUUUCGUAAUUAAAACAAACUUUGACGACUCCGCGUCCGUGAUCAUAAAGGAAUACUGUAAAUUUGAAACUUCGGAAAUAACAGAAUGACAAUGAAAACUGCAACGUUAAACCGUAAAAGUGUAAAACCACUUUUAUUCUUGUUACCUCUGUCAUUCGCGAAAUCUAAUCUUUGGUAGGCAGCGGCUUGACUCUGCCCCUAGCAUUGUUGAAGUCCAUGGGCGACGGUAACCACUCAUCAUCAGGUGGGCCGUAUCCUCGUCUGACUACAAGGGAUAGAAAAAAAAAUCCUAUGAAAAUUUAUGUAUAAUACAUUUUCUGUUUUUUUUUUUAUUGCCUUUGUAGGCAGACGAGCGUACGGCCCGCCUGAUGGUAAGUGGUUACCGUCGCCCAUGGACUUCAGCAAUGCCAGGAGCAGAGCCAAGCCGUUGCCUACUGCAAACUUCGCAUUUAAAUCGUACUUAGUACUGUUUCGAUAAGAGCCUGCCCUACGUAACUACGUAAAGACCGAGGUAACGCCGGAUUUUCAUAUAAAUCUUAGUUUGGCGAGCAGUUUGUGCGUGUUGAUCGUUUUAACAUUAAUUUUCUAAUACUUAGUUAUAACCUAAAUUCGGACCGUGCAGACUAGCGCGGAGGCAUCCGGUGUGAGGGUAACGAAUGCUCAUGAAUGAUUACAAAUGGUAUAGGUACAUAUGCCAUCGCAUGAUAACAAAAACAAUUUUUUGAUGUGAAACAUCUAUAGCCGCACGUAAAACCGAUUUCUGGCGUGGCGACGCAUGCCGUGGCGACGCGUCGCCAUGCUAUAUGAUGGUAUAUAUAUACAGUCUAUAUGCAGUAGUGUGUACGGUGUGGCGACGCGUCGCCAUGCGCAAUCGACUGUGCGAUUCUCUCCCACUCGAUCCAGUAAUACUCCGUAGUGUUGUUUACUACAGUACACAUAACCUGUGUUUUACUUGAAAACAAAUUAUUUUUUCGUAAUAUUUUAUUUUAUCAUUAUGACAUAUUUAGUUCCUAUCACAAUCUGUUCUUUUCUGCAUACUACUUUUACAAAAUAAUGUCGAUGUUUCACAUCUGCCAGGCGUCCCGUGACGGCUCACAUUUUUUUAAUUAUAAUAUAAUUAUCUUACAUUAUUCCAUUUGAAAACUUGAUCACUGUGUGUCAUCGUGAGGGCAUUUUGUUCACGGUCUCAAACAAAAAAUGAAAAGUAAAUGGACUGUAGGAAGCCAUGUUUAGUAUUCUAUUGUGCGUGAUUUAUUUUAAUUAUUGAUAUUAUGAUUGAUAUUAUUUUGUUAACGAAAAUUGAAUUGUUAAAUACGCACGCUCUCAAAUUCACCUAAUGACUGUUAUUUGUAUAUGUAUUGAGUUUUCUGUAUUAUGUUCGUAUAUUAUCUUCAAACAAAUGACUGCGUGUCAAUCCCACUUGCAAUAUUGUUUUUGAAAAGGAAAUAAAUAUUUUAAUGAAA